AUCCAAAUCCCAGAAGGAAACCAAUUCCCUGUGUUUUGUAUAUAUACAUAUGCGAAUAAUUAAGUACUAAUAUGCCAAUCUUGAUCGUCCAUAAUUAAAAAUCCUCUGUUUCCCUAUUCAAUCUCCACACUCUCUUCUACGUUGUUUUCUGUGUUUUCCGUUUUCCGAUUUCCGAUUCUCUUUCCGUUCCUGCGGCCAUCGUAACUAGAUGGCAUCGACGGCCAUUUGUUGUCGAGGAAACCGGCAUUUCAAUAAUUCUUUCUUGCCAGAAAAAACUCCUCCUACCAAUCAGAAUUGUCUUGUUGGUGCUAGCUCCGUCGCGCUCGAUGCUUGUUCUAGAAUGAAACAAUGGAGGAUUUGUUCGGUGGCAAUGAAGGCAGGGACAGAGACGGGGAUGGCAGUGGUAAAGCGUAAGAAUAAGAUCAACGACGGUGGUGAUAAGGCUGCGGUUUUAUAUGAGAAACUGGAUCAGUGGAUGAAAGAUUCGGUGGUGGAGAUCGUGAAGAACUUGAGGGAAGCACCGUUGUUGGUUCAGGUUUACGACGAAGGAGAAACGACGACGUUGAAGACGGAGAAGGCGGUGGAGGAGAAAACGUGGCUUGCAGUGAUGGAAAAGUGGGGAAAAAGAGAAGCGCCAAUGCCAGAAGGAGUGAUAUUUGUGGAGCAACUAGGGAAAGAAGAGGAAGAAGAAAGGAAGUCGACGACGAGAGCAUGGGGGAUAGUGGUGCAAGGAAAAGGGGUGGAUAAUGGACCAGCUUGUUAUUUGUUGAAGACGAGCAGGGUUGCGUCAGCGUUGGGCUUGUGGUGCACCCAUUUCUGCUUGAUGAGGGUGAAGAAUUUUAGAGAGAGUGCCAGUUCUCAGCUCAAGAACUGCUGGUUGCUACAAGGGCAAUGAAGAAGAAGAAGGAGAUGGUGAUGAUUUAGAUGAUUAAUUAGUGGCAUAAACCAAUUGGGCUAUUAAGAUAUUUGGUUUACGAUGUAAAUGACGAAUUUUAGUGGCGACUUUAAUAAUUCUCAAUUAAUUGUAAUAAGACAUUAUCUCAUUAAAUCUUAUUAUUGAGAGUUUCUUUUCU